GCAUACGUGACAGCCUACUAUUACGACUACACCAACGGAAUAUGCAGAGAGUUUGUUUAUGGAGGUUGUGGUGGCAAUGCAAACCGUUUUGAAACAGCUGAUGAUUGCGCUGCUAGGUGCGCCCAUCGUCAACAGGUUGGUCCUGCUCCGAAAGACGGGCGACGAGAGCUUGCCCGCACAUUCCUUGACGAAGACCAGCCUUCAACGAAACGGAUUGAAAGCGAAGAUGAAACAGGAGUUACAGUAAGAAAGCCAGAAGAACCACAGAGCGAUGAUCUUAAUGAUAAUGUCCUACGUGGAAUGGACGAUGAUGAAAAAAAGGUUCUGGCUGUUCAACGUGGUCCCCUUUCACCUUACACACUUCCUGAGUUAUGCGGUUUGCCCGAAGAGCAUGGGUCAUGUUAUGAUGACAUUCUUCGAUGGAGGUAUAAAUUCAUUCCUUGUUAA